CUCACAGAUGAGUACAAACUCUUAGUGCAUCACAGCACUUACUAAAUAUCUUAACAGCACUUAUUAGCCUUAGAAAGCCAUUAUUGUCUUCCCUUAAGAUUUGUGAACCUGAGAGAUUCAAAUGGCAGCAUUACAACAUGAAUUUGAGCAUCCCAACAAGGCUUUCGGAUGGGCAGCAAGAGAUUCUACUGGUUUUCUUUCCCCUUUUAACUUCUCAAGAAGGGAAACGGGUGAGAAAGAUGUGACCUUGAAAAUAUUGUACUGUGGAAUAUGCCACACUGACCUUCACUUGUCCAGGAACGACUUCGGCGUUUCCAUUUAUCCAUUAGUACCAGGGUAUCUUUCAUUCCUAAUUCAUAGUAUAGAAAAAUUAAAAUGGAUUUUCUUAUGUUCUGUCUCAGAAAUAAAUAACCAGAGAUAUCAACUACUAAGAAAAUCCUUGAUGAUAAUGAUAUACAGGCAUGAGAUAGUUGGGGAAGUAACAGAGGUGGGAAGCAAGGUAGAAAAGUUCAAGAUUGGGGACAAAGUGGGUGUUGGAACCAUGGUUGACUCGUGCCGUUCAUGCCAAAGCUGUGUUGACAACCUUGAGAGUUAUUGUCCAAAAAAGAUUCCCACCUAUGGAUUUAAGAAUGUCGACGGCACCACCACAUACGGAGGCUUUUCCGACACCAUGGUAGCCCACGAGGACUUCGUGAUUCGAAUUCCCCACGGACUACCACUUGAUGCAGCCGCUCCUCUGCUCUGUGCUGGGAUUACAGUUUAUAGCCCCCUCCGGUACUUCGGACUCGAUAAGCCCGGUUUACAUCUUGCUGUGGUUGGUCUUGGCGGCUUAGGCCACCUCGCUGUCAAGUUCGCCAAAGCUUUUGGCGCUAAGGUCACGGUUGUUAGUACAUCGCCUCAUAAAAAGAAGGAGGCGUUGGAAAAUUUGGGAGCUGACUCCUUUGUCAUAAGCACUGACCAAGAUCAGAUGCAGGGUGUUAUUGGUACAAUGGAUGGUAUUAUUGACACGAUUUCUGCAGAUCAUCCUUUGUUACAUUUGCUUGGAAUGUUGAAGUCUCAUGGAAAGCUUGUAUUGGUUGGUGCAGUAGCGAAGCUAGAGCUGCCAGUGUUUCCUUUAAUCAUGGGGAGAAAAAUAGUAGCUGGUAGUAGCGUUGGAGGGUUAAAGGAGACUCAAGAAAUGAUUGACUUUGCGGCUCAUCAUAAUGUAAAAGCUGACAUUGAAGUCAUUCCUGUUGACUAUAUCAACACAGCAAUGGACCGUCUUCACAAAGCAGAUGUGAAAUAUAGAUUUGUCAUUGAUAUCGGAAACACACUCAAGUCUAGCUCUUAAGCUUUGCUGUACUUAAUUAAAUUUCUGCAAAAUGAACCAUGCCCAAAAAUAAUAAGAAAUGAAUUAGUAUGACAACUUUUAGUUUUAUUACUGUCAUCUAUCAUUGAGGUUCCAAAUUAUUAUGUAUUUGUGUGAUUUCAUAUCUUAAAUAAAAGGAUGGUUUGUUCGUGAUC